CUGUUUCCUCCUUGUUUCACAUGAGUUUGAUGAUGAAGCUGCCUCCGCUGGAGAUCCCGCCACAUGAAGUUUAUUACCAUGAACUUUACCCAGAGAAGAGUUCAAAGGAUCUGAACUGCAGCUGCCCUGGGUGUCUGUGAGGUGCUUAAAUAUGUGUGUUAGAAACUAGCUGAAGAUGCAGGGGGCCAUUGCACGAGUGUGUGUGGUGGUGGCUGCUGCCAUAUUAAACCAUCCCUUGCUCUUUCCUCAAGAGAACACCACGCUCCCAGACCAGGACGAGGAGCUGAUGGCUCGCAUGCGGGAGCACGAGGAGAGGUUGGAAUUGGAGCAAGCCAAGCUGGAGAAAGAGCUUUCGCAGCUGGACUCAAAACAGGAAGAAGCCAGCUCGGAGGGCGGUUAUAGUUGGUACUUUUGGAGCACUGUGUCUUUCAUCAUAUUCUUCACUGUCGAGAUGGGCAGGGUGGACCUUGCUGACACAGAAAUCCGUCCGGCUGAGGAUGAAGACAUAUUUUCAGAGAGUGGAUCCAUCACCCCCAAAACAAUGGUACUAGACAAAGAUAUCCUGAGCAACUUCUGCGACAAAUGUAACUACACUUCAGCCCAUGAAAACUGGAGGGUGAGGGAGUUUGUGGAAGGCUUUGCUGAUGAUUUGCUGGAAUCACUCAGGAGUGUGUGCGACAGGGAGGCGGACAUGGAAGUCGGGGAUUUUGUGGGGAUUGGAAGCAUGUUCGAGUCUUGGAAGGUGUGCAGGCCUCUAAUGUGUGACCUUAUAGUGCCAUUCUCGCCUCCAGAUCCAUAUUUCUUCCAGUUCCAUCUGUGGUGCAGCCCCAACAGUGACAUUCCUCCAGACAUGCAAGGCUGCGGCAAGAUAAAGGUGACCAGGUUUGGGGAGAACGAGGAGGGCUGUCUCUGCGGCUCUGUUAAUCUGGGAGAGGACAUGCUCUGUCUGUUGCAUAGCAGGAAUGACGGCAUCAAAGUGGACCACAGUCCAGAUGAACUGCUGUGCUCCAGGAACACACCUUUCUUAGCCAAAGAUCAAGUCAUGAAGUGGUUUCAGAUCUCUGUAACCAAAGCCUGGGGGCGCAUCUCUCAUAAAUACGACUUUGAGGUCACUUUUCGCAACCUGGAUUCCGCCGGUGCGCUGAAGAUCCGAUUCCGUUCCGGGAAGGUCAUCGUAAUGAACAUCAUACCGGUGGUUCAGCUAGAGGACUCAGACGCUUACUUUGUCUCGCACUUUCCGUCAGAUUGUGACAGCUCUCCAGACCCGCACUGGCCCCUCUCUUUCGCUGUGUACGAGAGGAAUUUGCUGAAACAUUUCACUAAACGCCUACCACGAAAUUCCUGUCAUUUACUCUGUCUUCAGAUUGUUACCUUCCUACACAGAAAGCAGACGGGGCUCACGGGAAAGAGCGCCCUUACUAACUACCACUUAAAGACUGCUCUGCUGCACUUGCUGCUGAGUAAAAGGCCCUCUGUGUGGGGCAUUGAGAGUAUGGAGCACAGGCUUCGGGACAUGCUGGGCUUCUUACAAAGGAGCCUGCAGGAGAAGAGACUUCACCAUGUUCUGAUUGGGAACAGUAAAGUGCCAGAGGAAGUCCGGGUUCCAAAGAUAAUUCGCAAAGCAGAGCCUAUCAAUCUGUUCAGGUCUCUGGUGCUGCAGACAGAGCUUUAUGCAGCAACUGUCAGGCAUUUUCAGGAGAUGUUGAGAAAUGCAUCCGUGCUCAUACAAGAGUACACACCUCACUUAUCAAAUGGAGGUUUACACAGCCCAGAUGAAAGGUUGUGAGCACUGGCCAUGUUCAGUGUUAUAAUCUUUAGCACUCGCAGAUCUUUAAAUAUCAUUGUGUUACUAAAGGUAACAUUACUUAUAGAAGGUGCACAUACAGCGGUUAUUUCAGUUGUAGCUGAUAACUAGAUGUUCAGUGGUUUUACUGUAGCUGCUUUCAUUACACUUGACGCGGUAACCAGCGUAUAGAGAAAAUGGCCUCCAGCCAGUGCAUAUAUAUUUAUUCUGCAUUUUAACAGUGGGUUCUGUUGUUUGUAAAAUCUAGUGCCAAAAUAGAGUACUGUAAUUUAAAAAAGAAAAAAAAUCAUUCAAUAGCACUGUUCUGAAGCUUAAGAAUCAUAUGGUUUGUUUUAGAAGUAUAACCAGGAGGAGAGGUGUUCAGUAUAUUUCCCUUUGCCUCUUAAAAAAAAAAAAAAAAAAAAAGAGCAGCAACAAGGGAUCUACAUGAAAGA